GGGGCAGUCGCACGAGCCCGUGCACUUGCCACCACACUCGCACUGAGCAGUUGGCGUCUUGGGGUCACACGCGCAGGUCGAACGAUUCACGAUGCGCCGUGCCGCGCGGCGGCCCCUUGCGCGUAUUUCUCCCCAGCUUCGUACUGGUACGCGGGCACUCACAGUUUCGGCGCACACUCUUGAGCAUCCGACGCCCGCAUCGCUCGAGACCCACCUCUCCAGUCUUCCCUGCAACAGCACCCUCCUCUUCACCCUCAGCACGUCUAUCCAGUCGGUAGACGUCGGCCCCCUCUUGUCCCUCCUCCACUCCUUCCCCUCGUCCUACUCUCUCCCAUCCUCAGCGACCGUGGGUUCGCACUCGCGACGAACCCACGUCGUCGGCUCGUUCUACCAGUCGGCGACGCAUACUCCGGAACUCGCGAUCGCCGCCUUCUCCCCGGACGUGGAGGAGGGCGAGCGUGUGCGCACGUUUUACUGCGAGGCAAGUGGACGCGCUCCGGCUAGCGUGGGGCGAUGGUACCGAACAGAUGAGCCGGAGUGGCCCGAAGACGAGCGAGGGGAUGCCGUUGGCGAGCUUGAGGGCGUGCUGGGCGAGAAGGGGUGGGAGGGCGUGUGGGCCGCCAGGGGCGACGAGGCAAAGAUCGAACUUGGCCAGGACACUCAGAGUAUUGUGGUGCUCACGGAUGGAACCCCGUCGCCUGUGCUUCGGGCGCUAGGCGCGUACAAGGCUACGACGACAGGCCUUGUUGCCGCUGCAACGCCCUUCCUCACAGGAAGACCAUAUACUCUCUUCCACGGAGGCCAGGUUUACGGUGGGGGCAGCGUCGGGCUGGGGAUCACGCGUCCCUGCAGCGCCGGGAUCGAGUAUGGUGUCGAGGCGCUAGAUGUGCCGACUAAGGUCGCUGGCGCACGGGGCAAUCUACUCCUCUCGUUUGACGGGCGUAACCCUAACCCGACGCAAUGCCUCAUUGCCGCGCUGCAGGCACGCGAUGGCAAGGGGCGGAGCGGUAUAACCAAGGACGAAGAGUUCUACCUUGCAAUCAUGGAGCCGGGGUCCCCAACGCCCCGCGUAGUCCGCAUCCUCUCAGGCGACCCCUCCCGUGGCUCAAUCUCGCUGGAGACAGAACAACCGCUGUAUCCGGGCCAGUUCGUGCAGUUCAUGUACCGCCCAACCGCCCCGCCCCCGCCCCAGCCACUAGCUGACAUGCUUCGCUUCGCAGUGCUCCCGCGCACGGACGAGCUGGCACCCGCUCCGCGAACCGGCGAGCCAGUUACGCGCAAAGGCUUUAUCGCUGCCAGCGAAGGCGGAUUCGUGCACGGCCGCGAGCCGGCGAUUUGCACGGUCGCUGGCGCGGUGCUUGGAGUUGGGUGGUGAUGUGGAGGACGACGCGAGUUUCGUGUAGAGGGAGUGGUGUGGUGAGCAGCAGGUGUGGUAAUGGAGGAUUUGCCGAGGUUACGCCGGAGAA